CUAUUAUUACCAGUCAAGGAGCAGCACUAUAAAGACAGUAUAGUAUUAACUGAGGAACACUUCAGGCAUUUCCAUCCAGUUAGACGUUCUACAGAUCAGCUCAAAAGGCAGAUACAAACAUGGGUGUUUACAAUGAAAAGGGGGAAGCCAUUGAUGAAUCCAAAAACUGUGUCAUGUUACCUCCAGAAAAACCUGACACUCCUCUCACACGAAGCAGGGCUUGCAAGACCAUUCGAUAUGGAGAGGUGGUGUUUGCAGUUGGGGGCUGGAGUAUAAAUGACCCUGCAUCCCGAAUGGAGUGCUACAACCCCCAGGUCCAUGAGUGGAGGGUGAGGGCACCGAUGGCAAAACACCGGAGCGAUGUGGCUGUUGCUGUACUUGGUGACAUGAUAUAUGCUGUGGGAGGUCACGAUGAAAUAUCCUGCACCAGCAGUGUUGAAAGGUACGACCCCAAAUCAAACACGUGGAGCAAUAAUGUGGCCUCGUUGAGCAGUGGGCGCAGUGGUGUGGGUUUGGCUGCUAUGGGAGUGUAUCUCUACUCCAUCGGUGGAUAUGAUGGCAUCACCUGCAUGAACAUGGUGGAGAGAUACGAUCCUCAAGUGAAUAUGUGGUUUAAAGUUGCUCCAAUGAGCUCCCGGCGCAAAGGGGCUGCAGUGGCUGUGUUAGAUGGGUACCUGUAUGCAAUCGGAGGCUCUGACGAGGAUUCAGCUCUUAACACAGUGGAGCGUUACAAUCCUACGGAGGACUGCUGGUCUCAUAGCCCCUGCAUGGGGUCUUGGAGAGAGAACCCAGGCUGCUGUGUGUUUCAGGGUAUGAUCUAUGUAGCAGGGGGGCGUGAUGAAGUGCUUCAGCUCUGCACUGCCGAGCGCUUCGAUCCACAAAACAACAGCUGGUCUCCGGUCAGACCAAUGAGGUGCAAACGAAACCAGGUGGGUCUUGCAGUUGUGGAUGGAAUUCUGUUGGCUGUUGGUGGUUUCGACGGAACCACUUACCUGAAAUCAGUUGAAGCGUAUAGUUUGGAUACAAACACAUGGAGACACUAUGGGAGUAUGAAGUGCAGGCACCCGGGAGGUGGAGUCUGUGUGGUGAAGAUGGAACAGUGCGAUUCUUUGAUCUCCUGAACAGCACCAGGGAAUGAAAACACACAAGGAGAUCCAUUUUAAGGGUCUAAAAAUCAGCAGACCUUGCAUACCUGCAUAGUUGCUACUGUGUUUGUACAAUGAAUAAAGGGGUCCCUAUUGUGCAUCACCCCCUGGUUAAAACACCAGCUGGAUAGUAUAGAGGUAAAGGCUGGUGGUAUUAAGAUCUGCUGCUUUUUAGAUCAUUAAAAUGUGACAUAUUAUCAGAAUUUAAAUAUAUACUGUAUAUAUAUAUAUAUUUUUCAUUGUAAAUUGGGUAAUAAAUUUGUCAAUACUUUUGAAGUAUUCUCGCUAAUCGGAACCACUUGAUACUAGACCCGCUUCACAUUAGUAAUUUGAACAGUGCUCACUGUAACCUGUACCACACUUUCACGGUAGGCAUCAAUAUUCUCUCUCAGUGUGGAGUAGUGGUUAGGGCUCUGGACUCUUGACCGGAGGGUCAUGGGUUCAAUCCCAGGUGGGGGACACUGCUGCUGUACCCUGGAGCAAGGUACUUUACCUAGAUUGCUCCAGUAAAAAAACAAACAAAACUCAACAGUAUAAAUGGGUAAUUGUAUGUAAAAAUAAUGUGACAUCUUGUAACAAUUGUAAGUCGCCCUGGAUAAGGGCGUCUGCUAAAAAAUAAAUAAUAAUAAUAUUCACAAGCUUGUAUAAACAUUUGAACUGUAUCUGAAGUAGCCCAAAAGCAUUUCCAGAACAAUAUAUCUCGCCAGGAGAGAACACUACGCACAGCAACCUCUUUUUCAGAGGAACGGCUGCAAUUCUGCAAAUGAUUUCCGGCAGGUGAACAGCCACACUAAACUGUGUCUCAAUACCCCAGGAGGAAAUCCACAUUAAUUAUAAAAUGUUUAAAAGAACACGGUACAUUAUUUUUGGAUCUAGGACACUAGCUAGUGUGUGCUGCCUCCGCCCACGUUCCAGAAGAAAAUGACAAGGAUUUAGAAGAUGAAGAGUGAUAUUUGUAUUUUUUAUGACUAUCAACUACUCCAGUGUUGCUCAUUUUAAGGUAUUUUACAUAAGCAAAGUAUUUUAAUGUGAGCGCCACCUUUAAACAACUUCAGUCUUCAGUCUUGUUGUUUAGCAUCAGUGAUAAAUAUUAAAGACGAUAUCGUUUAAACAUGGUGCUUCCUUUAUAUAAUGUAUUUGUGAAAAAUGUACUUAAGUGAGCACAAUUGCACCAGUGGGUCAACAUAGAAUUAGAUUGACCAUCACGUGCAUACAAACGUAUUGCCAUCUUAUAGACCCUGGUCCUUUCUGGAAAUGUUGUGCUUCUUUUGGCAGUAGUUACACAGGUUGCUAUUAAAGUCAAUAUAAUACACUCCUAUGUGCAGAUAUGAAAGAAACACAUGGUAUAGCAAACAUGCAUAUUCAUAUAUAUAUAUAUAUAUAUAUAUAUAUAUAUAUAUAUAUAUAUAUAUAUAUAUAUAUAUAUAUACACAUAUAUAUUAAAAAAAGCUUUUUGUACAUGCCUUACUUUCAGGUAGUCUUGAACUUCCUUGGUCAUCUAACCUGGAGAUUACAACUGUCCACCAUUCAACGCCUUGUCAUUAACCUUGUCAUUAACCUUGUCAUUAUCAUUUCAAUUUUGUUUUAUUAAUUUGGCAUUUGUCUCUUUCACCAAAUGUAAUGUAAAUACAAUACAAAAUUGCAUUUGGUUGACAAUUUUUAUUUGGAAAUGAGGAUAUUAUGUUUAGUAAAUGUAUUAUUUAUAACAGAUUGAAGCUAUAUAUAUAUAUAUAUAUAUAUAUAUAUAUAUAUAUAUAUAUAUAUAUAUAUAUAUAUAUAUAUAUAUAUAGUUGUCUAUGAUUAAGUUUUCUGAUAUAUUUAAUUUAAAUAGCUUUAAAACAGACAAUUAAAUGCAUGACUAAUGCAUGCCCCAGUAUAUUGUGUUAAUUCUGAGUCUAUGGAAAAUGUGGUAUUAAAAUAUUUAAUUUAAAUUUCAAAAAUAAAACAUGGAAAUUAAGAA